AUGCAUCAACUUCCUUAUUCUGAAGUUAAAAAUAUAAGAAUUGGUGACUUAUUUGAGUCCAAAACUAUUCAAUAUAAGGAUGUCCCUUCAGUGGGACAAAUUAUCACCAGCAGAAUUUCAGCAACUUCAAGAUCUAGCAGCAUGACAUUGACUAUGAAGGGUUUAGAAAAUUUUUGGACACAUACCUUGAAGUUGCCGCCCCAGAUGACCUCUCCCGUCAUCUAUUUUUGUCAUUCAUCAAGAAGUGAGAUGGCAGUUAUGUCAUCGGCGACUGCAUGUGCCGCGAUAACAUCUCACACCACAUCUAACAGCAAUGUAAAUAGCACCGGACUUCCCACCGCAUCUACGGAAAGUCACAGUAGUUCUUCCUUCGCUGACAAAAUCCAUGGACUAACUGAAAAAUUCCAAGCUCUAGGUCACCAUAGAACUGAUAGUGAAGCGUCAGCUCGAGCCAGGACAGGAAGUGUCCAUCCAAUGUUGACAAUUGCUCAUACGUCUUACAGUUGUCAUGACGUUUUAGAAAAAAAAAGCACUGAUAGUAGUCCUAGUCACAGUCAGAUGUCACGUAAUUCAUCGCGAAAAUCUAAUAAUUCUCUGCUUAUUCACAACAAAUGCGGCUCUCAAGUAAAAGCCGAAUGUAACCUAGGAGAAUACGCGAUCCACAUUUUACCACCCACAUCAAUCUGCCCAGUAGUUUUAGACCGCCAAAGAUCCUUAUCCCGCGACAGUAAGCGCGGAAGUAAGCACGGCCAGGACACAUCAUCAAUCGGCUCAGGACCUCUCCUGAGCACUACUAGCAAUGUCUCAAACCAGCAACCCGCAAUGUCCUUCCAAAUAACUCCACCACUAGGUGCAAUUCCUCUGCUAGUUUUUAUAAACCCGAAAUCUGGAGGCAGACAAGGUGAAAGAAUGCUGAGAAAAUUUCAGUAUAUUUUAAACCCGCGUCAAGUUCACAAUUUAGCAACUGGAGGUCCGAUGCCGGGUUUGCAAAUGUUUAAAGACGUCGAGAAUUUCAAAGUAAUUUGCUGCGGUGGGGAUGGAACAGUGGGUUGGAUUUUAGAAACAAUGGACCGGAUCCAGUUCGAGCACCAGCCAGCAGUUGGAGUUGUUCCUUUGGGAACUGGUAAUGAUCUUGCGCGCUGCUUGCGUUGGGGUGGCGGCUAUGAAGGCGAAGGAUUGCAUAAGAUUCUUAAAAAAAUAGAAAAAGCGACACCUGUUAUGAUGGACCGGUGGCAAAUCGACGUAACUAAUCAGAAAGAAGAAAAAAAACCUAAUCAAGACAGUAUUCCUUAUAAUAUUAUUAAUAAUUAUUUUUCCGUUGGCGUAGAUGCUGCUAUUUGUGUUAAAUUUCAUCUUGAGAGAGAAAAAAAUCCCGAAAAGUUUAACAGCAGAAUGAAAAAUAAACUCUGGUACUUUGAAUAUGCGACCACUGAACAAUUUGCGGCGAGUUGUAAAAAUUUACAUGAAGAUUUGGAGAUUGUUUGCGAUGGCACGCCAUUAGAUUUGGCUCAUGGGCCUUCUCUUCAAGGAAUUGCGCUGCUUAACAUUCCUUUUACUCAUGGAGGAUCCAAUUUGUGGGGGGAACAUCACGCUAAGCUUCAUUUGAAGAAGAGGAAGAAGAGGCCGGAUAAGGAGCUUAGUACUAGCAGCUUUAAUUCUGUUGAUUUGACUGUUGCUAUUCAAGUUAAAACCGGACUGAGAGCAUCUGGAAGAAGAUUAGCACAAUGUAGUAGCGUUAUAAUUAAGACAAAUAAACGCUUCCCCAUGCAAAUAGAUGGAGAGCCAUGGAUGCAAGGACCUUGUGAGAUUCACAUUACUCAUAAAAACCAAGUACCAAUGCUAAUGGCACCACCAUCAAUUAAACGCCAAGGAUUUCUGCGGUUCUUUAAAAGAUAA